AUGGAUCACCUCAAGAACGUCUUCGUUCAAUGUCAGCAGGAGGGUCGUCCAGCGCUGGUCACGUAUGUGACCGCUGGAUUCCCCACCGCGGAGGAAACCCCAGACAUCAUGCUGGGCAUGCAGGCGGGAGGCGCAGAUAUUAUUGAACUCGGCCUGCCCUUCACCGAUCCCAUAGCCGACGGUCCAACCAUCCAAAAAUCGAACCUGAAGGCCCUGCAGAAUGGAGUCACGAUCACCUCCAUGUUGGAGAUGGUGAGGACGGCACGAAGGAACGGGUUGACGACUCCGGUCUUGUUCAUGGGCUACUAUAACCCCAUCCUCCGGUACGGACAGUCACAGCUGCUAGCGGACUGUCUCGAGGCCGGGGUCAAUGGCUUCAUUAUCGUCGACCUACCGCCCGAGGAAGCUGUGCGCUUCCGCAAUGGCUGCACCAAGAACGGGCUCUCCUACGUCCCCUUGAUUGCCCCCUCUACCACCGAAGACCGUAUGAAGUUCCUCUGCCAGAUUGCUGAUUCCUUCAUUUAUCUCGUCUCGCGAAUGGGUGUCACGGGCGCCACGGGCACUCUCAACUCCGACCUGCCCGCCCUCAUCCAGCGAGUCAAAGAGCUUUCUGGUAAUGUCCCGGUAGCCGUCGGAUUUGGUAUCAGCACGCGCGAGCAUUUCCUGAGUGUCACCUCUAUUGCCGAUGGUGCCGUCAUCGGAAGUCAGGUCAUUACGGUCCUUCAAGACGCUCCAGCCGGACAGGCCGCCCGGGCCGUGGAGGAUUAUUGCUUUAAGAUCACCCAACGACACGGUCGGACCGGUGCACCCCUAGCUCCAUCGCCGAGCCAGAAGCAAAAUGCGGCCCAUCAGCCUACGACCGAGGGCGAGACGACCGCGACGACGGAGGGAUCUGGAAAGUUCGGCGUUUUCGGCGGACAGUAUGCCCCAGAGGCACUCACAACCUGCUUGGCCGAACUAGAUGCUGGGUUUGAGGCCGCGAGAAAGGAUCCCGUUUUCUGGGAGGAAUACAAGUCGUUCUAUCCGUACAUGGGCCGGCCCUCUAGCCUGCACCAGGCUCCGCGACUCUCCGAGUACGCCGGCGGCGCGAACAUCUGGCUGAAACGCGAGGAUCUCAACCACACGGGGUCCCACAAGAUCAACAACGCCCUGGGGCAGAUCCUGGUGGCACGUCGCCUAGGGAAGACGGAGAUCAUCGCCGAGACGGGCGCCGGCCAGCAUGGUGUGGCUACAGCGACGGUCUGUGCUAAAUUCGGCAUGAAGUGCACGAUCUAUAUGGGAGCAGAGGAUGUCCGCCGCCAAGCCUUGAACGUCUUUCGGAUCCGGCUCUUGGGAGCCACGGUGGUCCCCGUCGAAGCGGGGUCGCGCACGCUCCGGGACGCCGUCAAUGAAGCCUUCCGGGCAUGGAUCACGCGCUUGGACACCACGCAUUAUAUCAUUGGAUCCGCGAUUGGCCCUCAUCCUUUCCCGACUAUGGUGCGUACCUUCCAGAGCGUGAUUGGAGAUGAAACAAAGGCCCAGCUGGGCGAGCUAGGCAAAAGCCCGGAUGCCGUUGUUGCCUGUGUUGGAGGUGGCUCUAACGCCGUCGGCAUGUUCUACCCGUUUUCCAAAGAUCCUACGGUCGAGCUGGUUGGUGUGGAAGCCGCCGGUGACGGCUUGGACACGGCCCGGCAUUCGGCGACCCUGAGUCGCGGCUCCGUCGGUGUGCUGCAUGGCGUGCGAACCUAUGUCCUGCAGGACCAGCACGGCCAGAUUUCCGAAACUCACUCGGUCUCGGCUGGUCUCGAUUACCCCGGCGUGGGUCCUGAACUCGCGGGCUGGAAGGAGAGCAAUCGCGCAACCUACCUGUCGGCCACCGAUGCCCAGGCGCUAGAAGGAUUCCGAUUGCUGAGCCAGCUGGAAGGCAUCAUUCCCGCACUGGAGACCUCCCACGCGGUCUGGGGUGCGAUUCAGACCGCUAAGAGGCUGGGACCCGGCAAGGAUCUCGUCCUGUGCUUGAGUGGCCGCGGUGACAAAGACGUACAGAGCGUCGCCGAUGAGCUGCCCAAGCUCGGCCCUCAGAUUGGGUGGGACUUGCGUUUUUAA